CCAAAAACUUUCCCUUUCUUGCAGUCCCAAACAAGCAUUACAAUUACACCAAGUCCAACACUAAACACCCAACAAUUUUAAUAAUGGCAAAAAAGUUUGCUUAGAGAUAUUAUAAAUACCCAUUCUUGUCAAAGAACUUACCCCACACCAAUUCAAUUCUCAACCUCAUGAUGGAUUGCAUAGCUUUGCCAGUUUCAAUCUUGAAAAGGCGAUUAUCAAGCCAUCGGCUAGGUUAUCAGCCGCUGUCUGAGGAUGUUUUCGGAGAAUCAGAUAAUCCAGUCAUGGUGGUGGUCGGGAAAGAGAGGAGGGAGUUCUUGCUGGAUCCAUUUGUGCUGGAAGAGAACCCUUUUAGGGUGUUGAUUGACAUGCUAAGGAAAGAAGAUAGGAGGAAAGUUGAUUAUGUUGAGGGGUCUAAACAUAAUAAAGUGAUAUUUAUGGAUGUGGAUGCAAUUUUGUUUGAGCACAUGUUGUGGUUGAUGCAAAAUGAUUGUUCUUCAUUGUUUCAGCUCAACCUCAGAGAUAUCAUUGAUUUCUAUGCUCAAGAUGUUUAGAAAGGGUUACUGUUAACAAAGAUUGCAUUAUUAAUUCAAAGGUACUGUAAUACUGUAUUAUUUUUUAUAUAGUUUCUGAUAUUUAGUUUUAUUUAAACGCAAUAACUUAAUCUUGAAGUCUGAAUUCAAGUAGGAAUAAAAUUGCUCAUAAGUUCAUGUAAAUCAACUGUGAUUUGAUUCUCUUUUGAGAAUAUAUAAGUUUGGUUAGUUUAAGGUGUUUUUUGGGUUCAAAGAUGAGAAUGUUGAAUUUAUAACAUUAUGUUUAUCAAGUACGUCAAUAGUUUGAUCAAUUUAUCUUGUGAAAUUCUUAUUUAACGUAAA